AUGAAUUUGAUUACCCAAAAUUUAAUAACUCAGGUAGUUUCAAAGAACAUUAAUCAAACAGUGAAAAGUUUGUGGAUUUUAAGAAAUGUUCUGUUCGGCAAGAGUAUGGUGCUUCACACAAAUAGCAGAAGGUCUAUGAUGGAUUUGCAUGGAAGGAAACAUGAUUAUCUUCGCAUAUCAUUAACUGAACGAUGCAAUCUUCGCUGUCAGUACUGUAUGCCUGCAGAGGGUGUCAAGUUGAGUGCCAAAUCGCAGUUACUGAGUCGAGCAGAGUUGACGAGGCUGUUGCGUCUUUUCGCGGCAUUGGGAGUCACAAAAGUUAGGCUUACAGGCGGAGAGCCAACUGUGCGCUCGGACCUCGUAGAUAUCGUUCACGAGAUAUCAUCGAUACAAGGCAUUCACACCGUAGCGAUGACGAGCAACGGCGUGGCAUUGACGCGACGGUUGCCGGCGUUGCAACGUGCCGGCCUCACGGCCUUAAACAUUUCACUCGACUCCCUACGCAGUGACCGCUACGAGCUUAUGUCUCGACGUCAGGGUUUACAGAAAGUCCUAGCCUGCAUAGAUCUGGCACUGCAACUCAAGUAUGAACCUGUAAAAAUUAAUACUGUUCUCAUGAAAGGUUUUAACGAUGACGAGAUCUGUGACUUUGUGGAAUUCACCCGAAACAAAGAGGUGGAAGUUAGGUUUAUAGAGUUCAUGCCGUUCUCGGGUAAUAAGUGGGACGACUCCCGAAUGGUCUCCGGCGACGACGCACUAGGCGUCAUCCGCGAGAAAUACAGAGCAUUACAACCUCUGUUAGCCUCCGCGUGCGGCACGGCUACGUUGUGGCGAGUAGAAGGCUACCGCGGACGGGUGGGAUUCAUCUCGUCGAUGUCGCAGCCGUUCUGCUCGUCGUGCAACCGGUUGCGACUCACGGCGGAUGGUAACCUCAAGGUGUGUCUCUUCGGCGGUACUGAAGUGUCGCUGCGAGACGCCAUGCGCGCCGGUGACACCGAUGCCCGUCUCGCGGAACUGGUGUUGGCCUCCCUCCGGCGCAAACGACCUCAACACGCCGCGGAACGACGAGGGGGGGAUGCUCUUCGACGGCCUUCGCAGCCGGUGGCGGCGCGCGGCUACUGCACCCUAACGCACUUAGACGACGAGGGGCGCGCACGUAUGGUCGACGUCGGCGAAAAACCUGUGAGCAAGCGAAGCGCCCAGGCCGAAUGCUUCUUGGUGGUGAGCGCACCUCUGUUACGUAUGCUCCGCUCGGCGCGUGUGCCCAAGGGCGACGCGCUAACUGUAGCGCAGAUAGCGGGCGUUCUCGCCGCGAAACGCACAGCGGAACUGAUACCGCUUUGCCAUCAGCUCCCGCUCGAGCUGGCGCAGGUGACGGUGCACCUGCCCGAUUCCAACGAGGGCCCCGCCCGCAUACGUGUGCUGUGUGAGGUAAGGGUCACAGCGCGUACUGGAGUCGAGAUGGAGGCGCUAACCGGCUGCGCGGUCGCCGCUCUCGCUCUUUACGACAUGUGUAAAUCGGUAGAUAAGCAUAUGGUCAUUACUGAUAUACGCGUUUUGGGAAAGGCCGGCGGCAGAAGCGGAGACUGGAGCCUGCCUAUAGAGAAGAUUGUCUGA